CAGCACCUCUUUAAAUUUUUGUGUGCGUCGAGCGCAUGCGCACGCAGCCCUUGCAUGGGAGAUCGGGAGGCAGCCGAAUGCCAACCAUGCACCGAUGAUGCGGCUGCUCGCCGUCGUCGCACUCACAGCCGCAGAACUCUGCCCGCCCUGCUUCCGCCUGCAAAACGCUCUGCACGGCAACCGCACGCGACAAUCAUUAAGGUGGCUCCACGUGCCGAAGACCGGCAGCACGUUCCAGAAUACUGUGUUUCAUUGGGCCUGCCCCGGCCUGCCCCAUCGGGCGGGCUACGGGCCCGGCGCUACUCCAAUCCGGUUCGCCAAGCUCUACGACGGCUCCCAGCUCAACCGGACGUUGUGUGAUAGAGAUGUCGAUCAGACGCUGCCCGGCCACAAGCCAGCAUCAAUGGACCGCGUCGACGACACGGUGGCCAUGUUCCGGCGGCCGGCGCAGCGUAUUCUCUCGGCGUUUAGGGACCGCAAGCACGCCGACGGGUUUCAAGAUAGGGACAAGGCGCCGAACUGGCGCGACUUGAACGCGUCGGGCUACGCGCGGCAUCCCGGCAUCGCGGGCUGCACCACGAGGAUGCUCUUGGGCGCGAAGUGCGCGCACGUGCACCAGAAGAGCGAGGAGACGGCGCGCGCGACGAACGAGGCCGCGCGCGGCGGCGGCCUGCCCGUCGCCAAGGCGACGGCCGUCGUGCGGCGCCUCGCCUUUGUGGGUUUGCAGGAGCGCUGGGCCGACUCCAUCUGCCUGUUCCACGCCAUGCUCGGCGGCGCGCCGCGGAAAAUCGAGUUCGUCGUCGCGCACUCGCGGCGGCGGCGGGGGCGCGACGCGCCGCUCGUGCCCGCCCCCUACGACGAGGGGCGGCUCGACGGUUUUGUUGAUGCGGCGGACGAGGCCGUCUACGCCGAGGCGGCGCGCGUCUUCGAGGCGAACCUGCGGCGGUUCGCGCCGGACUGUGUAAGUUAA